ACCGUGUACAUCUAUCUCCCUAGUCCUACGCCGACCAGGAAAAGAUUGACUAGUAUUUAAUAUUAGUAAUAGCAAUAAAUCAAGAAAACUGGCUCCAUAGUUGAUUGCUGUGCUGCCAUGAGAUUCCUCAAAUUUCUCCUUACCUCUACGGUUCUAAUAAUCACCCUCCUCUCAACCUCCACUGAGGCGGCCACUUUCGAAAUCCAAAACAAUUGUAACUACACGGUUUGGGCUGCAGCGGUCCCCGGCGGUGGGCAGAGGCUAGAUAAUGGCCAUACAUGGAUCCUCAGCGUGCCAGCCGGAACAGCCGGAAGUCGUAUCUGGGCUAGAACAAAUUGCAGCUUCGAUGGAAGAGGUCGCGGCAGCUGUCAGACCGGUGACUGUGGUGGACUUCUUCAGUGCACUGCCUACGGUGCACCACCAAAUACUCUAGCAGAAUACGCACUGAACCAGUUCAAUAACCUGGACUUCCUCGACAUCUCCCUCACUGAUGGCUUCAAUGUGCCAAUGGAGUUUAGUCGUCCAUCCACUGGAUGCACCGGCGGCAUCAGGUGCGCCGCCGACAUAAAUGGGCAGUGCCCAAGUGUGCUUAAAGCUCCAGGAGGUUGCAACAAUCCAUGCACCGUUUUCAAGACUGAUCAGUACUGUUGCAACUCAGGCGGCAAUUGUGGCCCGACCAACUAUUCCAGAUUUUUUAAGGAAAGGUGCCCAGAUGCAUACAGCUACCCAAAAGAUGACCAGACUAGUACAUUUACCUGCCCGGCAGGCGGCAGCUAUAGGGUAGUCUUCUGCCCUUAGUAGAGCCCAAUUAUUCAUUUAGAGGCACUUCUUGCCUUGUCAAGUUCCAACACACUUCUAUGUAAUCAUAUGUCAACUAAAAAGUAUAGUGUUUGUUAUGAUCCAGAGCGUUUUAGGAGUAGCACAGGCUUCAAUUUUUGUUAAGGAGCAAAUCAUGGUCAUUAAUCAUCUUUUCAUUUUUUUUCUCU